GAAAAAGAGGAAGUGAAGUCCACGAUGAGGCAGUUAGAUGAUUCUCAGUUACGGAGGCUUGAGGAACACAAGUACUCAUGCAUGUCGGUGUCAUUGAUGGACCCUCUGAUGCAGAAAUGGUGGUGUUGGCUAGUGGAACAAUGCCCUUUGACCCUAGCACCCAAUCUGAUCACCAUUACGGGUCUUGCCAUCAACAUCUUCACCUCGCUUAUUCUGGUUUACUACAGUCCAGAUGCAAAACAGGAGGUUCCUCGUUGGGCAUGUUUCUUGUGUGCCUUUGGUCUCUUCAUAUAUCAGAGUUUGGAUGCAAUUGAUGGCAAACAGGCGAGACGCACGGGGACGUCAUCUCCGCUUGGGGAACUGUUUGAUCAUGGGUGUGACUCAUUGUCAACAGUGUUUGUCUCAUUGGGUGUGUCCUGCUCGGUGCGUUUAGGAAUGCUGCCAUAUUGGAUGUUUUUCCAGUGUAUGAUGGCAGUAACUCUCUUUUAUUGUGCUCACUGGCAAACUUAUGUGUCUGGUACUCUUCGUUUUGGGUACAUUGAUGUCACGGAGGCUCAGUUUGGUGUUAUGGCUAUUCAUAUGGUCUCUGUUAUUCUUGGACCUGAGUUUUGGGCAAUGAAGGUUCCAGUUUUGUUGGUGCCAUUCAGAUGUCUACCUACAAUAUUUGGUGUAAUAGCAGCAUCAGUUGCUCUCUUUAAUAACUUUAAGAUUAUACUGAUAGAGAGAGGAGCUGGUCGUAAUGGCUCCACAGUGGCUGGUACGAGUGUGUUGUCUCCUGUGGUGCCUCUGUCUCUCAUCCUCGUACCUGCAGUUCUCAUUGCAUGGAAGAGCCCAGAAGGUCUCUUUCUGCAAGAUCCCACAAUAUAUUUGCUGACCUUUGGAUGUGUGGCAGCACGUGUCACAAAUAGGCUUGUGGUGGCUCACAUGACUAAGAGUGAGAUGGCAUAUAGUGAUGCAUCCCUGCUUGGGCCCGCUGCCCUCUUCCUUAAUCAGUACUUCAACUGUCCUAUAUCAGAAAAAUAUCUCCUGUAUUGCGUCUGUGCUUAUGUCAUCUAUGACUUGAUCAAAUAUUGUCGACAAGUAUGUUUGGAAAUUUGUGAGCAUUUGAAUAUUAUGAUGUUUACAAUUAUUCCAAAAUACCCUCAAACUAAAGCAACAUCUUCCAUGGAGAAAAACGGCAGCUCUAGCAAAUAUAUGACUCGCAGUAAGAGCAAGGUCAAAAAUAAUUGAGAGUUGUUUAAGUAGUGAUGUAUGUAAACUACCAUAAAUUAAAAAAAAAAAGCGAUAAGGGUAUUAUAAAUUGUUAUGUAGGAUAAUGAAUACCUUCAUUAUUAUUAUAAUUUUUUUCUUUUGCUUUUGUUACUCUUCUCAUCAUGGUUUUAAUUUUGAACAGUGUCCAUGUUAUGUCACCUAAUGUGUGAGAAAUAUGUUGAACAGCAAACUGUGUGUGGGAUUGUAGACUGUUAUAUGUCACUGAGCACUUAGCUUUUGCCAUGCAGAAUUUUUAAUACUGUUACCACUAAGGAAAAUGCAACAACAGAUAUGCAUGUGAACCAGUUGCUUAUUGUUAAAUAAAACCCUAAUUUCUCAGUCCCCAGAUGCAGUGUGUUAUUAGUCUAUACUUGCUCUAAUGUUGAUGGUAAUUGCUCCCUAGAUCUCAUUUAAUGUAUAAUGGCAAUAAAUUUUAUCCUGCA